AUGGACUUGCAGUCCCCAUCUGUCCUGGCGCAAUUGCCUCGCCCCCUUCAUGCGUCUACCGGAAAGACCCGUAUCGGGGAUGUCUUCAGUCUCGCCGAUGCGAAAAAACGCAAGCGCUAUGAAGUCGCAGUUGCCGUGGAUGGCGAGGCUGUGAACAUUUACAAUGUUCAAACACCUAAGCUCGUUACUUCUUACGCCGUCCCACCGCAAUCAACUUUCUCUUGCCGCCCAUGCUCAGUUCGCAGGAAGUUGUCAAAGAAAUCGACAGUUCGAAGGCAAACCUACACGGCUGUAACUAAGCCAGAACAUCAGAUCAAGUGCUUUGUGGAGGAGAUUGGUAGCAGCGGCUCGAGUGCUCCGGUCAUUUCUUCUUCGGCUACCACCGUGACCGACUCGACCAGCCCGACGACUUUUGUGGGAAUAGUGCCCUCUAGUACCGUUGCCGAAGGAGAGACGGACCCAUUCGAUAUUCUGGCAGUUCACGAAGAUGGUCGUGUGCGUAGACUGUCUUCGGAUCUGAAGACCCAACGAUGGAGUAUUCAACACAGUGAGAUUGCAAAGAUUUGCUCUACUCACAAUGUCCAAUCCAGCUUUUUGGUCGAAUUCGAUGAUGCGAAGAAGGCUUUGUUCAAAAGACGACAGGAUUUGGCUUUGCUGGCGCUGGGCGAUCUGACAACUUCAGGAACCACCGAGCCAUCUAUCUUGCUUCUGGUAUCUCAACCGAAGAAUACCGAUCGAGUCUCCCUCAAGGACAUCAUUGUGCAAAUGUUCUCAGUCCCCGCUCAUGCGAAGUCGGAGUCACGGUUGGACGAAAGCCAGCGCCUACGCCAUCUACAAACUUUCCACAUCCCGGACGUGAACGGCCUGGAAACCACCAAUGGCAAUGCUAUGCAAUGGAGCUUCCAUUCUGGCUCGGCGGGGUUGAACCUUUCUUUUGAAAGGGGUUUCAUCAACGUUGACCUCUCUCAGUACUCUCCCUGCGUCACAUCGCAAUUCGUCCUUGAUGAGGAGGAAUUCUCCUCGGUCAUGCGCAUUUCUCCACAAUCCGUGAUUGGAGCGCAACAAUCUCUUGUGGCGGUGUAUGAUACCCAAUACCAUUCUGUGCAACGCAGCAUUCCGGCCGCACUGGAUCGACCCCAGAGACUCCCCACAAACUUCAUCAGCUACUUCGCCAAACUUGGGAUUGCUGUCGCAACCAAGGGCAACACUCUUAUUGCCUUUGACUUGAGCUCUCUCCCUAGUGCGCCCAGCUCUUCGCUGAAGCGGACCAGAGAUAGCCUGCUCAUUGACGCCAUCGGCAGAGGUAUUGGUUCAUCUGGUGCGCAGUGGGAUAUCGCAUCGAAGAAACACCGAUCUGACAACAUGGCCUCCCUUCGACUUACUUCACCAGAGCAAGUUGAGAAAUGGACUCAGCUCACAAAAACAGUGGAGGAGGCAACCAAGACAAAGAAUAUUGACUUGUUCGAUAAUGCCGUUCUGACAUACUUCAGCACCUCCGAUGCCUCGACAACGCUCCCGGUCCGUGGGCAGUAUGUUAACUCCGAAGCAACUCUUUUCUUGCUGUCAAAAAUAUUCGCUGUGGAGGAGUCUGCCUCAGAUGACACCGUGUCGGCCUCCCCUUUAUCUCAACUACGUGUUGCUAUGUGGCCCCCGACUACCUGCGACUGGCUGAUUCGCUUGGGACAUCUGUCACUCGACAACGUUGAGAUUGCGCUCCGUCGUGCAUGCAAGCCACGCAUUUUGCAGCCAUUCCCCACCGGAUCGUUCAUUCAGGCCCUCCUCGAUUCGGAUCCCUCAUUGAAGCAGGUCAACCAAGUGCUUGAGGGUCCCACUCUGAUUUCCUCCGAUGAGUUGGCCUACGCGCUCAAGACCUUCUUGAACCAGGCACGUUCCCACUCUGGAACGCUCGAGGAAACAGCUCGUGCGAUCACAAAUGGUGAUAUUGCCACUCCUACCCAAGAACUUUCAAAACAGCUGGGGGCCGAAACGGCAACCCUGAAGGAUAUCUUCGCUGAACUCAUUUCUAUGGUUCACCAUCUCCGCCUUUCCCUUGCUACCGGGGGUUACACUUCUCGAUUCACUGAAAACCCCCCAACACCUAUUACUCUUGACCAAAUUACCCCCACCCUCUCUCUCAACGUUAUCGUUGAUCUCAUCACUGCCUCCGUGGAUGCCGUGGGCCCGUCCGGUUGGAUCUCGGCCAUCCCCGCAGCGGCUGACUUUGAGGACUCGGACUCGGUCACUGCCGCUGCUAGUCGUGAAAUGGAAUUGAUUGCGGACAUGAAGUCCGAAGUCUCCGCCGCGCUUGCAGGAGUUGAAGAGGCAACCUAUCUCAAGGGUGUUUUGUGCGAGUACCUCCGCUUUGCGGACCAAGUCAGCACUCCAGCUACCACCUCCGAAGAUGCCCUGGCCAAGAUGGAUGCCGAGGCGGCUCCGUCCCACCUGGUCCGCUACGAGAAACUCAAUGGUGCCGACUUGAUGGUCUUCACUCGUCCCGGUGAGGGAGAGGAUGGCUACGAUGGCGAUGCUGGUGGCAAGAUGCUACCGCUGUCACUCAAGGCUGCCUCUACUGACGUGUCCCGCACCAAGACCAAGAAGUCGACGGGCGAGGUCAAGAACCGCAGCAGCCGUGAGAUUGGUUACUUGCGCCGCAAAGCGGUUGGCAAGUACUCAUUCGAGAGACUGAUUAUUUAA